UUGUAGAUCGUUUCUGAUCAACGUAGGACAAAUGGCACUGGGACGUCGCACUUGAUGGCGCAUGCAGAACUGCUCAGUCGGGAGGUGAAGAUCAAAUAUCGAACCUCCACGAAUUUGAUCUUGCAGAAGGGAACUUUGUUCUACAAUGAGGACAUGCAAACAGUGGAGGUUGAGACCUCUGGAAGCGAUGAAUCGACUACGAAGGUCAUCAAGCUGAGUUGCCUCAGUACUGUGAAGGCCAUGGAUUACAUCGAAGGAACCCGCGUGAACUGUGUCUUGAUCCUUCGCCAGAAGCUGGACACAGCAGCCGAGGAGGAUGGCUUGGACACCAGCGACGUGCCGCCGUUGGAGGAGGAGGAGAUGAUCAUCCAAUUCACUCGGGUUGAGGAUCGUGACAACUGGGACACGGGCCUGAGGUACAUGAUGAGUGCUUUGGAGGUGACCGUGGCAAAAGACCAGGUGGACGGUCCAACGAAAAGCUUCAGCAGAAUUAAAAAGGUUCGGCUGGAGGAACCCAGGGCCGGCGUCCUGGUCCAUGCCCGUUUCGAGCUGGCGAGUGGAGAGGAGGCAGUCCUGGAGAUCCCCGAGCACAAGGCAGACGCGAAGAAUCUCAACCACGAGAUCGUGAAGUGGGUGCAAGACCAUUGUGUGCAGCCGAGCGAAACAACGUCUUUGUACCGCUUAGUCAAGUCGUUGGUGCACCGCACCACGUUAGAAUCCAAGACGGCGGAUGUCAUCCAGCGGAUCAACGACUGCAGUUUCGACAAGAUGCUGAAGGCCCAAGGCGUCUCAGUAGAAGAUCAGGGUAUGGCAGUGCUGGAGCUGACCAAGGCGCAUUUGCGUGAGAUUGAGAAUGACAUUCCAACCUUCAUCGGUCAGCAGGGGACGGCAGCUUCGAUGAUUGUACAAAUCCUCAGACGAAACGUUGAGAAGAUGAAGGUCAUCAAUGACUUGGCAUACAAGUCUUGCCGACAAAUUGAUCAGCUGCUGCCUAAACCGCGUACGCGUACAUGACAUUACAGCAUGGUUUCAGAGGAUUCAUGCAAGCAGCCAUAGAAAGGCAGCCGGUUGAGCCCCUGCGAUAUGUCUUUGGAGGCUAGAUGGGUCAAAACCCAUCGCAAAGUCAGAAGGAAAC